ACUAAUCAAAUCAAAUCAAUUCUGAGGAAAACAAACACAUACAUGCAUAAUACACGCCACUUUUCCUCAGAAUUGAAAUGUCAAAAGUUUUUUUUUAAUUUUUUCUACGACGCUGACGUUUUGCUUAAAAGCCCAAUACAUAAACAAAACAUCCUCUAAAUUUCUUGAUAUUGAAUGAAUUAAACAGAACAAGAAGUCUUUCUGAUAUGUUUUCAUAUUUUAUUCGUCUAUCCACCUGUGUUGAAUUAAAAAAAUCUUAUAUAAAGGAAAUUUUAUGAAAAGUAAAACAGAAUCUUAUCGUAAAUCCAAGAUGUUAAUAUAAUGUAAAAAUAUUUUCCAAAUACGUUUUCAAAAUGAUGAUUGAUAUGAGAUAUCCAUUAUAUUAAAAAAACAUACUGCUUUUCGUAUGCCCCUUAAGAUGAUAUAGCAUUUAAAAUGAGUACUUACAACUCAAUAAACUCAACAAAAAGCUCAAAAUUUAAGAACCGUGGAAUAUAUUCAACACCACAAAACAAUUUUACCGAAUCUCAAUAUAAAGGUAUGGAUCCUCCACUAAAAAAAGAAGUACUCUGCGCACAUUCAAAUCAAUCUGAUUCGUUUGCUACAUCGAGCAGAGACACAUCAAAGAAGUUUCAAGUUCACAAAAAUGACAGUUUUUUUGAUAUGCUACAAGACUAUCAGCCAGCAGUUCUUGGAGUUAUAGGAACUAAUCAACGAUCUCCAGGACCUGCCGAAUUCAUGCAGGAUAAAGAUAUGCAGUACUAUAAACAUACUUCUAAUGAAGGUUAUAUAAGCCAACCGACUGAUUGCAAUCCUUCAAAUAUAAAAUCAAGUCGUGAUCUAAAAGUAAAAAACAAAAUUCAUCGCUUUUUAGCUCAACCGAAACCUAAAACUGAUGAUAGUAGUCUAUUGGGCUCAUUAUUAUCAAACAAAACAUGUUCAAUGGACGAAGACGUAGCAAAACAAUCAACUAAUUCUGUCUCAUUAGUAAAAAGAACGUUUUUGUCCACUGAAGAAUUUCAAGAGCAGGACCGACGGAGAACAUUUGGCCAUUAUGAUUGUCAAAGUAUAGCAGCAAAUUUAAAUUAUGUUAAAACUAAUAGAAAGAUCUCAACUAGCGCAAUCGAUAGUUCAGGGGCCAUAACCAAACCUCUCGAUUCUAUCAUAUCUGAAUUCAAAAACUUAAUUCCGAACUUUAAUCACGAUAAUGAGCUAUUAGAAAGCUGUCCGCUUUUUUGUAAUGAAAUAGGCACAGAAAAUGAAUUAAUCUUUAGGUGUAAAAAAUCAAGUACCAAUUACCAAGAUGGCUUUAUUUCACAACCACCUCUUAAAUCAAUAACUCCCUGCAGAGUUUCCAUACUAGAACCUCUACCAAAUGAAACACUGUGGAAAGUUGACGUUUGUCCGUAUCUAAAUGACGCUUGUCCUAUUGAAUCUGUUGACCAUGGUGCUCAUUACUACAGAAAUUAUUUUCUCAAUCAAAGACAUGAAAAUUGGUUUGGGAUUGAUGAGAAUUUAGGCCCAUUAGCCAUUUCCAUAAAGAAAGAAAAAAUCAAUGACAACGGCACUCGUCGAAACCAAACACGUCCCAACUAUCUAUUUCGAGUGAUUAUUAGAAACUCGGAACUUUUAACUCUUCGCGGAUUGAUCAUAGAAGAUUUUAUUAUAAAUUCUCGUGUGUCUGAAAAAUCUUUAACGUCCAAAGAGCUUUUAGAAUAUAUUGCUCCUGAUAUUCAAUUAAGUUGUCUGCGUUUAGGUUUAAGUACUUCGAAUGCUGAGCAAGAAUUACUUAAACUAGAUGAACAAGGUCUACAAAGUAAAUAUAAAGUCGGGAUAUUGUAUUGCCGUAGUGGUCAGUCGUCUGAGGAAGAUAUGUAUAAUAAUGAACAUGCCGGUCCAGCAUUUACCGAAUUCUUAGAUAUAAUUGGAAAACGUGUGAGACUGAAAGGCUUUCAACAUUAUAAGGCUGGUCUUGACAAUAAAUCGGACUCAACUGGCACACAUUCUGUUUAUGGAGUUUAUAAAAACUGCGAAAUUAUGUUUCAUGUAUGCACACUCCUGCCUUUUACGCCAAAUAACCGGCAGCAGCUAUUACGAAAGCGGCACAUUGGCAAUGAUAUUGUAACGAUAAUAUUUCAGGAGCCAGGUGCUUUGUCGUUUGACCCUAACAACAUCCGUAGUCAGUUCCAGCAUGUGUUUCUGAUUGUGAGAGCAAUUAAUCCGUGUUCAAGCAAUACAACUUAUCGUGUUGCGGUUACGCGCUCCAAGGAAGUGCCAUAUUUUGGCCCACCUCUGUCAGCGUCAGCCCUAUUUCCAAGAAACAAAUUUUUUGCUGAAUUUAUUUUAGCUAAAACAAUCAACGCUGAAAAUGCUGCACAUCGUUCUGACAUAUUUGCUAAUUUAGCUACCAGAACGAGGCGAGAAUAUUUGAAAGACUUAUGUAUAAAUUACAGUUCUAACACCUCUAUAGACCCUGGAAAUAAAUUUUCAAUUUUUGCUAAUAGAAAAAAAGACAAAAAAAAAAAUCGUUUUUCCACCGAUUUAUACCAGCGUGGAGCAAUCUGCUGGCGCAUAUUGCUGCAGAAUCAUGGUUCAGAUAUUACAACUGAAUGUUACAUGGCUAUUUCAAUUGAGACAUUUAUUAUAAUGGAAGAAUCAUCAAAAAGCGUAAUUUUUGCAAUGCCUACACGAUCUAUUCUUGGCUGGUCCACUUGCGGUUACUCUUUCAAAUUGUUUUACCACAAUGGUGAAUGUAUUACUUUCCAAAUGUCUUAUUUCGGUUCAAUGGAUGAACAGCUUCAAGUUGUAGAGAGAUUAGAAGGCGUAACAUUGGGAAACGGAGCUUUAAAUUUAAAUAUGAAGAGAAAUAUGAUGGGACAGUUGGGCUUCCACGUACAGCCAGAUGGUAUAGUGACAAGAGUUGAUGCAACCGGACAGGCCUGGGCUGCUGGCAUGCGACGAGGUUACCGUCUUGUAGAGGUGUGUAAAAUAAUUGUGGGAACGCUUUCUUAUGCUGAAUUAAUCGACCUGUUAAAGACGUCAGUUCAAAUAAAUGCAAUCGUUAUAAAAUCAGUAUCCGAUGGAACUCCACGUCUAGGAUGCUUUAGUAAAAGUUGUAAAAUAAAUUUAAUGACUCAAAAAUUACAUUAUUACACAAAUAGAUACCAUAUGAAAAAUGUAAUGUCUAAAGAAGUAGGCCAACAUUCCGCUUUGAACUUCAAAAGCAGUGGGACAUAUGAGCAACGUUCUCUACCACAUAAAUCAAAAAAUUGUUCAAAUUAUAACGGAAGCAGCUAUUUUUUAUCCAUGUCCCUAGAUAACGGAUAUAAAAAAGUCUUGCAGCAGCCUGAUUCGAAUUCGCAUUUAUUUUUACAAAAUGAUAAAUGGUACGAUAGUUUUGAAUAUCACGAGAAAGGUAAAUUAACUACGUAUCUAUACAACAAUCAGUGUUCGUUGAAGUUAUUCGAAGAAAAUGGAGAACCAUCUGAUUUGGCCAUUCAAUCUAGAGCCGAAUCAUCUUUGCCCCACAGUGGUAAGUCAGAAGUACAAACAUGGGUGCAAAACGGUACAUCAAGCUUACUAGAAAGAGAUAUUCGGAAAUUUCAUUAUAGAAAUUCUGAAUAUGAAGUGAUUGAAUUCAAAACUCCUAAAAUAUCUCAAAAUGGUAGUUACCUUGAGAAGGACAUCACUGCAAGUAACUCAAUACCUUCUCAGACCAAUAAAGCAGUUGCAUUUGAUUCAAGAUCCAAAAAUAAGCAUCCUAUUUAUGAAUUAAAUUCUAUCCUUUCUACGCCUAACAUCAAUACAACUAAAGAUGAUAUUGUGUUAAAUGAUUUAAUUCCGUUCAUGAAUAGUAUGCAGGUGAGGAAAAAAAAUUAUUCCAAAAACAACCAAUUUCGACCCGAGUUAUAUGAAACAAAAAACCCUAACUGUGGUUCUUAUAUCGACGAUUUAAAAAAAGGUACAGUUCCGGUGUUUGAAAGAGAUAUCGAAAUAAAUGGACUGGAUGCUAAUGUAUCAUCACAAAUCAGAGAUAAACUAAAAAACACUGAAAAUCAUCAAAGUUUUGAAUCUUGUAGUGAUAAGAUUUUAAACAAAAAUAAAUACAUUCAAAGUGCUACUGGCAGUUCAACAAGGCACAGUCAAAGUACUGAUGAAGAUCUAAACAAAAUGUCAACUGCACCCCCUCUACUGCCGUAUUCAAAGCCAUUGGACUGGACCACACUAGUUGACACAGCUACCAAAGCAAUUAUACUACAUCAAAGAGAUGACAACAGCUGAAACCAAACUCUGCAAGAAAUUUUUUUCUAAUUAAUUGAGAAAAUAAAUUCUAAGAGAGCAAACAACAGAACUUAAAGUGGAUGUUUAACAGGUGUUUUCAUAAAUGGUUCUUUCAAAUGAUUAAGUAGAAAGGCCUUCAUUUAAGGAAACCUAAGACAAGUUAUUGUGUAUCAAUACUUACAAAACAAUGUGAUUUAUCUAUUAAGUUACUUUUCUAUUUUUGAUUAAGAAUAUAAGGAUUGCUGGAAUACAUAAUAUAGUGGCUCAAGGAUAAUUUUAUAAUAAAAAAUUAAAAAUAAAAAUAUUUUGAAAAGUAGCUAGUACCGAUUAAUAGGAUGGAAUUACUUUUAAAUUUAAUAUAUAAUAGUUUUUAAUAAAAAGAUGAAAACAUAAACCAAGAAAAAUUGUUUAUGAUUGUAAAUUCGAUUUUUUUAAUUGUUUGUUUAUGGCCUUUAGUCCAAAUAAUGUGUUUCGCCCGAGCGCAAUAGUUGGGCUCAUCAGAUAGAUGCUGUUGUACCCUUCUAUGAUACGUAUACAUAUCGUCGACGCAAAGCAAGUCCUUAGGCCGUGUGUGAAUUGGGUAAAAUAUUUAGCCAUUUAGCGGUCAAAAAUUUACCCUGUUCUGGACCCGGUUAAUUUGUUUGCUUUUUGUAGUUUUACGAUGAAUAUUCACUGUAAACUAUUUUAAUACAUUUUUGAUCACUUACAUAUUUAGGUCCUAUUACGUCCGUGUGUGAUCCCUUAGGAGACAGAGCUUUAACUACACAUGCGCGGAAUUGUAUACGAUUUCUGGAGAUGCAAUUCAGCUCCCUCCAGCCCUUUCCAAGUUGUGCUGACUCUCCCUCGACUGUUCUCCACUAUAUGCUUUAAGUCUUCCAACUCUACUGCCUUCUUGAGUUUGUGUGUUCCAUUACAUUGCUUGGCUUGCAGUGCAGUCAUUGCCGUUUCAAAACGUAUCUUCAAUCCAAUGCUACCUCCGGUUUUGUGUAAUAGAGCCAAUAGAUUCCUGGCCCGUUCUCCUUAGAAGUUCUUCUUUUAUUAUUAUUUUAGAAGAAUUUGAUUAAAUUUUGACACCUCAAAACAAUUUUGCCCGUAGUCUGCGUAUGGGUAAUGUCGAAUACCUUUCAAUUGAAAAAUCGAAUUUUCGGCGAUCUCGAAGCGAAUUUUUUCUGAAAAUCAUGUUCCAUAGAAAAAAAAUUCGCCUCAAACGAAGCAGAAUUCGAAUUUUUUUUAAUCCCUCUUUUUUGAGAGAUUAACACGGAUUUGCACACACACUUGGAACAUUUGACAUUUCUCAAACGUCAAGCUGAAAGUUUUCUUCGUAUUGUUUGUUUAUUUGAGAACACCAACUUCAAAUAAAGAGUAAAUUUUAAUUGAA